GACGUAGUUUUGGAGGCGUUGGCUUGUUCGCUGCUGUGGUUCAGUGUUUUAAGUCCGCUUUGGAGAACUGAAGACGACCUUAAUAAUCUUUUGGAGUAACUGGAGUCAAAUACCCUGACACGUUUUUUUUGUUUUUAUUUAUAACGUAAAGUAAUUUGAACCUAUCGAAAUGAUCAAAAACGGCCACCACGCCACCAACGACCAGCAGGAUGACGCUGGUUGUAAGCCGGGUGGUUCAGUGUCCAGCCCGGAGAAAAGGAAGCGCGUCGUUCGGUUGUGGUGUGACGGCUGUUAUGACAUGGUUCACUACGGUCACUCUAACCAGCUGCGGCAGGCCAAAGCCAUGGGAGAUUACCUCAUAGUUGGAGUGCACACAGAUGCUGAGAUUUCCAAGCACAAAGGUCCUCCGGUCUUCACUCAGGAAGAACGCUACAAGAUGGUACGGGCCAUCAAGUGGGUGGAUGAGAUGGUUGAAGGAGCACCUUACGUCACCACCCUGGAGACUCUGGACAAGUACAACUGUGACUUUUGUGUGCACGGAGAUGACAUCACGCUGACGGUAGACGGCAAGGAUACAUAUGAAGAGGUGAAGCGGGAAGGCCGUUACCGGGAAUGUAAACGCACACAGGGCGUCUCCACCACUGACCUGGUGGGACGAAUGCUUCUCAUGACCAAAGCCCAUCACAGCAACAUGGAUAACCCAGAUUAUCAGCAGCAUACAGACAACUUUGGAAAAGGCCCUAAAGGCCACAGUCCAUGGACAGGAGUGUCACAAUUUCUUCAGACUUCCCAGAAGAUUAUUCAGUUUGCAUCAGGAAAGGAACCUCAGCCCGGAGACACCAUCAUCUAUGUGGCCGGGGCGUUUGACCUCUUCCACAUUGGCCAUGUUGACUUCUUAGAGAUGGUCUAUAAGCAGGCAGAGAGGCCCUACGUUAUCGUUGGUCUGCACUUUGACCAGGAAGUGAAUCGGUACAAGGGGAAGAACUAUCCAAUCAUGAACAUCCAUGAGAGGACACUGAGUGUCCUGGCCUGUCGGUAUGUGUCGGAGGUGGUGAUUGGUGCUCCCUAUGCAGUGGGCAAAGACCUGCUGGAUCAUUUUAAGGUGGACCUGGUGUGUCAUGGCAAGACAGAGGUGUUUCCAGACAAGGAUAUGUCAGACCCCUACGCUGAGCCAAAGAAGAGGGGGGUAUUCAGGACGGUCGAUAGUGGGAACAGUCUCACCACCGAUGACAUUGUCCAGAGAAUCAUUGAAAACAGGCUGCAGUUUGAAGCCAGGAACCAGAAGAAGGAGGCCAAGGAGAUGGCAGUGAUUGAGGCGAUGAAGAGGAAAGAGCAGCAGGAGCAGAAAGAAGGUGCAGACCAGGAAGCUCUCUAGAGAAACCUCGGGCCUGGUCCUGUGUCUUAUUAACUCAUCCUGGUACUCUCCGCUUUAAAAGGAUGGACUUAACUGACCCAGACCGACAGUCCAUGUUGUCCUAAACUGGACAGUCCAUUGGAUGCGGAAUCCUGCUUUAAAUAUUUGGUGAUGCAGUAUAUCUUGCAUGCUGCUGGGUUAGCUUCUUUUAGCCUUCAUCUAUGCUCCAGCCUAAUGUGAUUAGAAAAGAUUUGCCUGGACAAGAACACAAAGAAUACCAAACUCAUACUACAAUUUCACUCGCUAAAUUCCUCUCAGCAUCUCUUCCUCCACAGAGAACUUUUUAAUGUCGUCUUCUGUCCUGUAUUGUUUGUUUUUUUUGUCCAUGAAAUCACAGACUGCAUGCUCCUGUAUAGGUGUAGAGAUGGUGUUUUAAGUUUGUAAUAAGCCAUAACUUAAAAUGUUAAUGACAUUGUCAGUUACGUUUUUAGUUUAAACCAUUUUAGCAUAUUUAAUGAUCAUUUUUAGAAGCGUCUUCAGUUGAAUGUUGAAUGUGGUCUGUUUUUGAAUACAUUGAGAAAACAUCAAUGUAUUUUAAUUUCUAGAAGGCACUAUGUUUUUGUCCAUCAUGAAAAUUAUUAUUACUGCGUUUAAUGAUCUGUGGAUUAGUCUUUUAAUUUGAACUGGAUUUUAACUACCUGAUUUUGCCGUGGAUGCAUGUGUGUGUGUGUGUGUGUGUGUGUGUGUGUGUGUGUGUGUGUG